UCAGUACUUUGCCAACUAAUUUUCUGAGAGAGAUGGCGCGUCAGAUUAUUGUGUUCCUGAUGUUGGUGGGUAUGUCCCUGGCUGAUCAACCGAACUCCUACGGACAACAACGAUAUCGGCCCGUCUAUAAAGAGGCGGGAAAACCGUAUCAAUUCAAUUACGGCGUGAAAGACGACUAUGCCGGAACAGACUUUGGACAAACAGAAGAAUCCGAUGGCAACACCGUCAGGGGAUCAUAUUCCGUGCAGCUUCCCGAUGGUCGCAAGCAAACAGUAACUUACGUAGCUGAUCACGAGAGGGGAUAUCAAGCUGAGGUCACCUACUAUGGCGAAGCCCAAUACCCAAAGGUAUACGGCCCUCCUGUCACCUUCAAGCCUCAGUCUUACGGCCAACCUCAAAAAUCUUACGGACCUCGGCCAUCUUAUCGGCCACAGCCUAUUUAUCAGCCUAGACCAUCAUACUCUCAUGAAUAUGGAAAUAUUCCUGAUAUGUCCGAGUGGGAGGUAAUUCAUGGGUUCAUCACUAACCAAGGUCAAGACGUUCCAACGCUUUCCUAUAUAAGAGCCACUCGCCGAUACGCCGCCAUCAUUCCCUCUUCAUUCUUCGUUUCUUCCGCACCUUUCGCAAGAAAUUUCGAAAACAUGGUUCCUAGGGCAACAGCAGUAUUUGUAUCCACGUUGCUAGCGGGUAUAGCCAUCGCAGCCCCAUUGGAUUCGUAUGGCCAGCAAAGACAUCAACCAGUCUACAAAGAGGAACCAAAACCAUAUCAGUUCGCGUACGGCGUUAAAGACGAAUACGCCGGGGCCGAUUUCGGACAAACAGAAGAAUCCGAUGGCAACACCGUCAAGGGAUCCUAUACUGUUCAACUUCCUGAUGGCCGCAAGCAGACAGUAACUUACGUAGCAGACCACUACGGCGGAUACCAAGCGGAGGUCACCUAUUAUGGCGAGGCUCAGUACCCACAGGAAUACGGACCUCCGGUGACCUUCAAACCCCAAGCUUAUGGUGAGCCACGGCCUUCUUACCAACCUGCUCCUUCCUAUGAACCAGCUCCAUCAUAUCAACCUGCGCCAUCCUACCGGCCGCGUCCUUCCUAUUUUUAAAAGCAAAAUGUAUACGGAACUUUUUGCUGA